AUGAAACAAAGAUUCAAGCAACUUACUCGUAGAGAAGAUGGAAAGCCUAAAACUCAGGACCAAAAUAAUUUCUUGAUGCCAUCACCAAAUCCACAACUCGGAAAUUCUAAUAACAAAAAUGAUCAAUCUAAAAGUGAUUCUAGUAGUUUUACUUCCUCAACACUUACAUCUUCAUCUUUAAGUUUUCUUGAGGGCCCGGAUAACGAUUCGCCUAUUCGAGAUCCAAAAGAUCCCGAGAACAAAUAUAUAGAGGGAAUAACAUUAACCACUACUUUUAUUGAAGGAGCUACGACCAAAAUAACGGAUGCCGUUUCUACAGUUCUUCCUGCGGUGGCUAAUAAUGAAUUAAUAAAAAGGUUCAUUCCGUUUGUAAGUGAUGCAUGCGAAAUUAUCCUAUCAAUAAUAUCCAUUUACAAAACCGCCGAACAUAAUAAAUCCAUUUGCGGCGCCAUCCUUGAUCGUGUAUACGCGGCUGAAGCUGCCAUCAAAUACCUUCACAUCCGUAGAGAUCAGAAGACGGAGUUUUUUAAUGAGAAAAACAUUAAAGUCGUUGAAAAUCUAAUGAAAUGUAUGAAGGAGAUGGAAAAGUUUUGCAAAGAAGUGUCUAAGGUGACGGGAUGGAAAAAAUAUUUUAAUGCUAAGCUCAUUGAUCAGGAUUUUAAAGAAUUGACAAGUAGAUUUGAAAUGUACAUGAAAACAUUGCAUUUCGUUAUCAGCGUAGAAACAAAUACCCAGGCGAGAAAAGAAAGAAAAUUAAUAAAACAAGAUAUUGAGAAAAUGGAAGAGUAUUUGAAAAUGAUUAAUUACAAUAUCUUCCAAGCGAUCGAAAUUCAAGAAGCGAAUGAAGCUUAUAAGAGGCAUAAAAAUUAUGACAUUAAGCCCUCAGAACCACUUAAUAUUUUGAAUUAUGAGCUUAUACAGAAAAUUCCCAAAACUAAAGUUGAACUUCGCAAACGAAAUUUGGAUCAUCAGCUUUUUGCCUUUAAACUGGUACCCGACGCUAUCCCUACCUCUUCUAAUACGACUGAAACGCAACAAGAAACGGCUGAAAUGCAAAAGGAUCGUUUAUUAAACGAAGACAUUUCAUUACAAAUUGAGAUUCUAAAGAAAUUAAAAUCAUCACCGAAUAUCGUAAUAUUCGUGGGCUUUACAAAUGGAAUUAUCGACGGUGAUUUUUGUCGAUAUUUAGUUACCGAAUGGCUUGAAUAUGGAUCUUUAAAAGAAUUUUACACUAAACACAAGGAGUUAAUGACGACGGCAAAAAAAUUGGAAUUUGCUACUGAUAUUGCUAGAGGACUAAACUUUCUGACGAAUGUUGGAAUACUUCAUCAUGAUGUAAGAAGUGAAAACAUAUUUGUUGGAAAGCAUAAGGAAGCGAAAAUAGGAAAUUUCGGAUUAUCGAAAGAAGCUAUUAACAAAACUAAACAAAUUAAGGCUGGCAUUCAUAACAUCAGGUAUAUGGCACCUGAGAUGCUUGACACAACAACUUCGAAGGACAUCCGAAAAAAAAAUGUUUCUUAUAAUUACAAGUGCGAAGUUUAUAGUUUUGGGAUGCUUCUCUGGGAAAUUGCCGAGUUAAAUAUUCCGUAUUACGAUAUAGAAAGUGAUAUAGUAGCCAUUCGAGAUAGAGCUCAGAACGAGAAAAAUCGUGCUCGAUUUAGUAAUCAAACAAAUGUCCCCAUGAAAUAUCAAGAAUUAACACAUAAAGCUGUUCGAACGAAUGCAAAAGAUCGACCUAAUUUUACCGACCUCUUCGUCAGUUUAGAGAAACUUUAUGAACACUACACAAACAGUAUCUCGUCAGAAGGCAACUCCAGCAUCAAUUCUAACAUUUCUAAGUCCCCUGAAGAAGACUCUGAAGAAGAUGAUAUUAGCAGUGCUAAAACUGUUGAAGAUGCCUUAAAGGAACACAUGUCAGAACAUGGAAACAAAAAACUUGCAUGGAAACUUUUCCAAGAACAUGCAAGUAAUGGAAAUAUGAUCGCGAAAUACUGGGUUGGGUUUUAUUUGUAUUAUAAUUAUCCCAUGCCAGUGGAUCAAACAUUAGAAACAGAAUCAAUGAGAAAUGAUCGUUACACGCGUGCUGCGCAAUUAUUCAAAGAAGUCGCCGAUUCUCUUUGCCCACAGAAUGGGGCUGCACAGUUUCAAUACGGAAAUUGCCUGUAUAAUGGCGAUGGUGUCGCGAAGGAUAGAAAAUCGGCAUUUGAAUAUUACCUGAAAGCAUCUGAUAAUGCCAAUCCAUUUGCAAUGUUCAAAGUUGCAAACUAUUACAAUAAGGGAAAGUAUAUUCCAACGAACAAGGAAUUGGGUCUAAAGUAUUCGGUAGAAGCGGAAAGAAAAGCCCAUGCAUACGCAUAUCCAAAGCCGUCAGUACAAACAGAACAAUCGGAAAAUUGA